AUGAGUCAAUUUCUUGUUGGACAUCGUGGACGUCGGGGACCGUCUCUGACGGUCCGACAGCAGAGAAGGGGCUUUGCAUCGACAACAGCAAGCACACUGCAGAAUGUGACAGUCCCUGAUGCCCCGCCACUUUCGAAGCCUGCCAGCGACGUUAUAGCUGGGGCCACAGCAAGGGCAGCCUCGCAGGCCACUAUCCACCCUCUGGACACCCUAAAAGUCAGGAUGCAGGCCAAGCCUGUGGCUGGUGGCCUGCGCGAACUGGCUUACAAGAAGUUGGUACAAAGAGGCCCAAAGGGCGCGGCCAAGGCCAUGCGCAGCCUAUACAGGGGCGUGCUGGGUGCUGCGAGUGGUGCUGGGAUCGCCAUCGGGGCAUACUUCGCCUUUUAUGGAGUGGCUACCAGGCUCGUAUCUCGCCACACGAACCUGAACCGGAGUGGUGUGGCGUUUGUGUCGGGGGCGGCUGCAGCAGCUGGCUCAAGUGUUGUGAAGGUUCCGUUGGCUGUUUGCAUCAGGUCUGUCCAGGCGAAGGUGUACCCCAAUCCCUUUUGCGCCGCCCACUCGAUCUGCAGGGCCGCAGGACCCAGGGGCCUGUUCACUGGAUACGUCCCCACUCUCUUGGAGGACGUGCCGGAUAUGGCGUUCAAAUUUGCUGCGUAUGAGAGCUUGAGGUCCCUGCAUGCGAGGAUUGUUGGAAGGAAGGCCACUCCUCAGGAGGACUUUCUGUGCGGAGCGGCUGCGGGAGCGUUUGCUGCUGCAGCCACUACUCCCCUGGACGUAGUCAAGACUGCAAUGAUGUGCACGGCCGCACAGAGGCCGUCCAUGCUGCUGACUGCGCAGACCGUCUUGCGCAAUGGAGGGGUCGGGGCCUUCUUCGCCGGGGUUGGCCCACGUGCUGCGAGCAACGGGAUCAACUCUGCUGUGUUUUUCACCAUCUUUGAGUGUUUCAGGGGAAUCAUGGCGAGACAGGCGGCAGCAAGAAAGAAUACCGCUAUAGCUGGGCGUGCUGUUGAUGAUGUGGUCCUUGAUGUUCACGAGGUGUCCCGCAGCGCAGCUUGA